CGCGAGCCGCCGGAUUACAAGCGAACGCGCCCGGCUGCGGCCGGAGUUGCCCAGCCCUGCGUCUCUGCGGUCUCUUCCGCCUGCGCCUGCUCCUUUUCUUCUUCUUCCUCCUCCCUUCGGGUGGCCGCGGCCACCGCGGUUCUGUCUGCUCCAUAACUUUUCCGAGAAAGUUCAUAAACUCGGCUCCGAGGCGGCCUGCCCGGUCGCGCGUGGCAGCCACCUCGGGAGCAGCCGGGAGCUCUGAGGGCUCGCGGCUCCCCAGGUCCCGCGCUCGCGGCACCUGCCGCAUUCGCUGACUGCUGCUGCCGGCCGGUGCCAGGCUGUGGGCAGACCCGGGCGGCGGCGGCGGCUUCGGGGUCCCUUCCGGCCGCCUGAGCCCUCGCCCGGUCCCCUGCGCCGCCGCCGCCACCGCCCCACGUGCGUGGUGGUCCCCGGAGCGCACGCUCCUUGCUUUCCCUAAUUUUUUUUUUUUGGUAAGUCCCUCUGCGCCCCUCUUCUUUUUCCUAGCCCUAUUUUUUUUUUUUUUGCAUAAGGAGAAAAAAGUUGUGUCGAAAGUGUCCCCCGAUCGUCACCUCCCUGUUAUCCUUCACUCCCGCCCCACUUUUAAAUUUGUUUUUAAGCAGCGGCAACAUUAUUGUUUGUUUUACGAUCGAUAGCUUCCUGUGCUUUUUUGGUCAGGGCAGCUGGUGAACGGCGGAGUGGCGUGGACCUCAUGUAGAAAUGACAACAAUGGAAGGGGCCAGCGGGUCUAGUUUUGGAAUAGACACGAUUUUGUCCAGUGCCAGUUCGGGCAGCCCUGGCAUGAUGAAUGGAGAUUUCCGCUCGCUCGGGGAGGCGAGGACCGCGGAUUUUAGGAGUCAGGCCACCCCGUCCCCCUGCUCGGAGAUUGAUACCGUAGGAACUGCACCUUCUUCUCCCAUCUCGGUCACCAUGGAGCCCCCGGAGCCGCAUCUGGUAGCAGACGGGCCCCAGCAUCACCACCACCUCCACCACAGCCAGCCGGCGCCGCCGCCAGCCGCGGCCCCAACGCAAAGUUUGCAGCCUUCGCCCCAACAGCAGCCGCCGCCGCCCGCCGCCCAGCAGCUGGGAUCGGCUGCCUCGGCCCCCAGGACUUCCACCUCUUCUUUUUUAAUUAAGGACAUCUUGGGCGACAGCAAACCUCUGGCGGCGUGUGCACCCUACAGCACCAGCGUCUCCUCUCCCCACCACACCCCGAAGCAGGAGAGCAACGCAGCGCAGGAGAGCUUCAGGCCAAAGCUGGAGCAGGAGGACAGCAAAACCAAACUCGACAAGCGGGAAGAUUCCCAGAGCGACAUCAAAUGCCACGGAACAAAGGAGGAAGGAGACCGGGAGAUUACAAGUAGCCGAGAGAGUCCCCCUGUAAGAGCUAAGAAGCCUCGAAAAGCCAGGACAGCUUUCUCAGACCACCAGCUCAAUCAGUUGGAGCGUAGCUUUGAACGGCAGAAGUACCUGAGUGUCCAGGACCGCAUGGACCUGGCAGCUGCACUCAAUCUCACUGACACCCAAGUCAAGACCUGGUACCAGAACCGCAGGACCAAGUGGAAGCGGCAGACUGCGGUGGGCCUGGAGCUUCUGGCUGAGGCGGGGAACUACUCAGCGUUGCAGAGGAUGUUUCCUUCACCUUAUUUCUAUCACCCAAGCCUUCUGGGCAGCAUGGACAGUACUACAGCGGCGGCAGCUGCGGCUGCCAUGUACAGCAGCAUGUACCGGACUCCUCCAGCACCCCAUCCCCAGCUGCAGCGGCCCCUGGUGCCCCGGGUGCUCAUUCAUGGCCUGGGUCCAGGGGGACAACCAGCCCUCAAUCCCUUGUCCAACCCCAUCCCAGGCACCCCACAUCCCCGGUGAAGGAGGUGGGAAGGCGUGUAUCCUUCCCUGUCCCCCGCCCCAACCUGGACAGCUGCCCCACCUCUCCCCACACCAGGCCACCAGGACACUAGGCUUUCUUUGCAGCCAACCCUGGGAGGCAGAGGAGCAAGAGAGGAAGAUGCUCACCAGUGGGCGGGGGUCCCCACAGAGGAGCCAGCCCUCUGCCCUCCAUCCCCACCCCCAGAGGCUGGGCUGGAAAGCUCCCCCAGCAGUGUGACUGGCAAAACGCUGACCCCACUCAAAGUGAAACCAGUAAGUGAAAACAACAAACACAAAACCUCAAGUUCUUUUUAAAACGACUUUAGGGACAAGCAGGAGGGAGGGAGGGGGGAGGGCUGAGGAGGGAAGAAAGAAGGGCAUGGAGAGGAAGGUGGGCAGAGGGAAUUGUAGGUGGACCACCAGCCUCAAUUACAGGCGGAAGGUGUUGCUGUGGACGUUUGUCUGCCCCAGAGAAAAGAGGAGGGUGACUGAGAACUUUGCACUGAUUUCUCAUGACCUUUUUUCUUUUGGAAAAGUGGCAUGCUCCAUAAUAUGAAAAAAAUGUACAUUUGAAAGACUGAGUGAUAAGUGAUAUAUCAUAUUUAUUAUAUGUUGUCCAAAAAAGAGUCACUUAUAUCCGUUAGUAAAAACAUUUUUCUUUUCAUGUCCUUUCGAUUCAGUAAAAUAAAUGCUUA